CCGAAGUCCUAAUACCCUAGGAAAUUUAUAGCAUUAACGGUGCCGAUAUUUUUAAACGUGGCAAUCAGGCACUGCAACUAACCGGAAAGAAAGUUGUCCUCUGCUCUGUUUUCUUUCGAAAGUUUUCCUAUUAACCAAACAGAAAAUUCUCUCUCUCUAAACUUGUCAGUGGAGCCCAGUGUAUGAUCUUUCAAUCUUCAGCUGUAAAACCUAUAUUAAUUCAUGGAAACUGAACUUGAUAAUGAUGUUCAACUUGAACAAACUGAUAAUGAUACUGGUGAUAAGGUGUUUGAUGAUUCAACUAGUAAGGAACAUCAGCUUGGUAAUGAUUUGCAACUCGAACAAACUGAUAAGGAUAUUCGUGGUGAGGUGUUAGACACUACAACUAAUGAUGAGCAUCGGCUUGGUAAUGAUGGAACAAUGGCCGGAAGUUCUGCUGAAGAUGCCUCCCAGGUUGAAGAAAAUGAUAGAAUGACUCAAAAUUCUUCUGGAGUGCAGUUAACUGUGGUUGAAGGGGAUGAACCGUACGUAGGUCAGGAGUUUGAAAAUGAAGCGGCAGCAUAUGCAUUUUAUAGUGCAUAUGGCAUGCGGAUGGGUUUCAUAACGCGUAUGAACUAUCAUAAUCGAUCUAAAAUUGAUGGAUCCAUCGUUUCACGAGCCCUUGUAUGUAACAAAGAAGGUUAUCGAAAGCCUUAUAGACGCGAUGUGAAGAAUGUUAGAUCACGGGCACCCACGAGGGUCGGUUGCAAAGCAAUGGUCUCUAUAAGGAAAAUGAGCACCGGAAAAUGGGUCAUUACGAAGUUUGUUAAAGAGCACACUCAUCCAUUGGCUGGCUGCGAGGCUCAAAGGGCACUGAUCUCUAAUCAAAUUCCUAAUGAAGACAAGAGAGUUCAAGAACUAACUCGACAACUUCUGAUUGAAAGAAAGCGCUCUGCUUCACUUAGAAGGUUCAUUGACCUUCUAUUCAAUCACAUUGAGGAGCACACACAGGGCCUCUCAAAAAGGAUCCAGUACAUAGUAGAUAGCGUGAAUAAAUUUGAAUCUGAAGGCAAGAAUAGAUAGUGUGAACAAAUAUUGAAGUUGGAGGGUCUAACCUUCUGAAUUUCAGGUAGUUUUGCUAUUGCAAUGCAAAAUGUGCAUAUUCCUUUGGGGUUUUGUUCCAUUCUUAUAAGAAUUGUUGCUACUUAACUAUAAGCAUGUGCAAUAGAUUAAUUACACCUGGUUUCUUGUUUUUCCAGUUCCCAGGAGUCCAACCAUCAUGUAUAUUAGUUUUGUAAAUUUUACUCCUUGAGGAAAAUGUUUACUUGAUUUAAUUUUCUACACUCACAAAGUCUACUUCCCUUGGCUAUUGAGUAUAGGAUAUCAGUGCAUUGUGUGCAAAUCUAAAAAUAGGUAAAAAAUGAGCAAGAUAGAUGUUAAUAUAGUGAUUUCUAUCCAAACAUGGGUGGAUUUCCUUUGUAGGAAAGACACUAGACA